AUGGGGUGCACACCUUCCCACAGUGACAUUGUGAACAGUAUUGCAAAGAGUGGCAUUCAGUUUUUGAAAAAGCCAAAGGUGAUUUUGCCAGGGCGUCAGGCAGACAAUGAAAGAUGCUCUACCCCUUUGCUGCUUAAAAGCUCCACCUGCUCUGACUCUGGUGGUGGCCGGCCCCAAGGACAGAGGCCAGCCAAGGAGCAGCCAAGUUCCAGGUGGAACCAAACCACAACUGAAGGUCUUUGUCAACUCAUGGGAGAUCCUGCUUCAGGCAAAAGGAAAGAUAUGGAAAGAUGGGUCGUAGAAGCCAAAACCUCCGCAUCCCAGCUCACGAAAUCACAGAGCCACAUGGCUAAGGAUAUUCUGUUUAAGACACAGAGCUCCCAAGGGUCACAGGGGACAACCUUUUCUGGGGAAUUGAGUGAGGAAAGUAAUACCCAAGAGACCUCCACACAGGAAAGGAAGCCAAAAUGCCACAGGCUGGGCAAACAGGGCCAUCGCUCCCGAACUGUCCUUCCUCCUCAUGGGUCUACAGGCAAGGUGGACUUUCCUGAGCCCCUGGUAAAGGCCCACCACAACACUUAUACCUACCUGCACUCCAGCCUCUCCAAAUAUGAAGCAAUUCUGUGCAUCAUCCAUCAGGCCACCCAGACCCAGGAGCUAUUGCAGUCCAUGGUCAGCUUCCUGCUGCUGUGCUUUGAUGAGGUCAACCAGCUCUUGGGUAAGAUCUCCAAGGAUGGAGAAGCACUCCUACAGGAAGUUAGGGCUGAUCUGGCUUGGCCAUUGAGGGAAGGAGAGCCCCAGGAGCAGCCAGAUCUCCUAGAGCAGCUCCUGCAGUACACAGUCAGCAAGAUGCAGGUGCUCAAUGGCACAGUGGCCUCACUCACCUGCAGCCUCCUGGAGGGCUCCAGCAGCUACUUCCACUCCACUGCAAGCCACUUGGAAAAGAAGCUGAGCAUAAAGAGGGGCGUGGAUGAGCAGCUCUUAAGGGUUCUAGGGCAACUAGAGAGCUUGGCAAGUGGCCCUGGUGACUCUGGGGUGGAGGGACUCCCCUUGUUCUCUGAGGACAGUGGCAUUGGUGCUGACAAUGAAUCCGUGCAGUCCUUGGACAAGCUGGGAAAGCAAGCCAGCUGGGACUUUGUGCUGGAGCCCACAGAACAGAAGCCAGUAAUUUCACUCCAAGUGGAAGCCAGGCCGUCAGGAUAUGCCUGGCAGCCAAGUCCCUUCUGGGUGGGUUCAGACAGAUCCCAAGACUGUCCACUCUCAAGGCUUCCUACUGCAAAGUUUCAGCCAGCAGCACAAGGGGAAAUGGGGAUUCAAUGUCCUUCCAACACAAACCCAGAAACUAUUUCCUCCGGGCCUUUUGGGCCAGGCAAAAGCACUCCAUGUGAUUCCCUUGGAAUUGGGGUCCCUGUGGAAGCAUGCCUCUCUAAAGGCUCCAGGUUGAUGGCCUCUCCAUCCCUCAGUGAAGAUGAGGACAGCAGCCGAGACAAGGAGGAGGAAGACAAAGGUAGCAGCCUGAGUCCGUGUGCAUGGCAGGACAAAGCUGCAUUUCCAAGGCCAAAGUCUUCACCUGCUGGCUGGGAAUGCACAUUUCAGCCUUACUCCAGGAGGCUUAGGAGCCCCCAGGCCCAGGAAAUGAUUCUGAAAAUGAAGGAAGCCAUCAGUGAAAGGAUCAAAUUUGUCCCCGUGCCCUCUGGGCCCCAGGACUGGGCUGAGGAGGAUGACAGGAGAACGAUGACGAUGGUCCCGCCAAGACCCAGCACGGUCAGUGGCAGCAGGAGAACUCUGGUGAGGCAGAGGAGGUCCCAGUCAGAGGCAAGUAUUAAGAGCCACACAGAGGACCACACCCUCCAGGAACUGCAGAGGGUCCAGAGGGACCUCAGUCAGAGGCUGGAGGCGUUCUAUGCCCUGGGUACACAGCGCCAGUGGCACAGCAAGAAGCAGAGUCUGAAGCCCAGAGCAGCAGCUUUGUGGCCAGAUAACAACUGCCGGGUGACCCCGAGUAACACCAUCAGCAAGCUGAAGGCAUCCCUCACCAAGAACUUCAGCAUUUUGCCUAGUCAGGACAAGAGCAUUUUACAGAAGUGCAGUCCCCAACCCAAGGGUGAGCAGCCCUGGAAGGGGACAGCUGAGCAGCAUCCCAACACCACCCCAUCAGGUGAGAAGGGAAGCAAGGCUCCCAGGACCGAGGACCGCCACACUGGAGACCACCCCACCAGAACAUCAGUCAAGAAACUGAUUGAAACUUUCAGUCCCACAGACAGUCUGAGGACACUGGGGGAUUCCAAGGACUCCAAGCCAAGCUCCUGCCUCAGGAAAUGGGGAGUCCCCAUCAUGCCUCCCAGAUUUCCCAUUUAUAGGGGGAUUGCCCCUUUGUACCCUGAGCCCCGCAUUUCUCCAGCAGCAGGCAGAGACACACUCAACAUGGACACAGGCUGGAGGCCCUUUGCACCUAUCUUUCCCCCUCUGCUUACAGCAGAAGCCUCCAAAAGUGAGGUCCAUGGUGAGAUAGAGCAAGAUCCAGAGCACCUCCCUCCACCGCCUCCAGAAAUCCUGAUGGACAAAUCAUUCACUUCUCUGGAGCCCCCAGAAAGAAGUGUGUCAGCAGGGAGCUCCCCUGGAGCAACCAGCAUGCCCAGGCUGGAAGGGGUUGGCCCUGCCAGGAGAACGUGGGAGUCCCCAAAGCUGAGAGCCUCCAUGAGCCCCAUUGACCUGCUGCCCAGCAAGGGCAUCGCCAGCCCCACCCGGCCCCGCAGCACAGGGCCAGGGAGCAGCAAGAGUGGCUGCAAUCCCAGAAAGGUUGCCUUGGACUUGAACCACCAACCAGCCACCAGCCAAAACCCCGAGAAGCAGCCCCGGAAGGCGAUAACCUGGCCCCACUCUAGCCACACAUCUGGGCCAAACAGGACCUCAGAACCCAGCCUGGCCAGGCCAACACGGGGGUCACAUUCUCCUGAGGCCUCAAGACAGAACCAAGAGAGAAGCCCCCUGGUGCUCAAGAAGGCCUCUCCCACAAGGGUGCACUGGGCACCCCGAGCUGAGAAGAGACACCCGAGCCUACCCUCCUCCCACAGGCCUGCCCAGCCACCUCUCCCCCCUGUACACAGGUCCCCUAGCCCACUACUGAGCACUGGAGCUCCAAGCCCCCCAGUGAGCCCCAGGGUGCUAAGCCCACCAACACCGAAGAAACAAACAUCCCCACCGCCCCAGCACAAGCUGCCCAGCCCUCCCCCAGCAAGCCCCCCUACCCAGAGCAGAGAAGUAAGUUCCCCUUCCUCCGGGCCCUCAACAUCCCCCCGAGAGUCUCUCUCUCAGGGGUGCAAAGAAGGGAGAGAUUCUGAAGACAGUCCAUCAGCCGUGGCCAAAGUGUCUGGGAAUACCUAUUCCAUAUUCUGUCCGGCCACCUCCUCUGUAUUUGAAGCUAAGGCACCACUCUCAAGACUGCACCCACUGACCCCACUAUCUCUGCCACCAGCGGCUGGGGGCUCUCUUGGAACACCAGCAGGGUGCUGGAGGAGCAGCUCAGGGCCACGACGGAGGAUGGAGUCACAGAGGAGGGUGGCUCUGUGUGUCCUCAACCCUCAGCCUUUCGUCAGAAGGACUGCUUCUGACUGCUGGCCAGGCUGCUCUGGCGCAGCUAGCGAAGGCCUGCUCAGCCAAUGCAGCAGCAGUGAGGAGAGCUCCAGGAAGGGUGCCGAGCCUUGGAGCAGCCCCUGCGGCCCAGAACUGAAGCAAAGGCAUGUUUCUCCCCCAGAACUCUGCGUGCUGGGCCAUGGGCUGCAGCGGGAGGACAAGCCCCAGCCAGAAGCACAGCCCCAGCGGGAGGGGUCACACUGA